AGAAGGAAACAGACGUCGUUCCUCUUUCCACAGCGAUGGUUGGUGGUCAACGUUGUUAUUGUAGCUACUUCGUUCACAGCAUAGUUCUGCUGCUCUGGGUCUGUCUCCAUUAUGUGGAGGCUUCCAGUGGAAAACAUGUCAUUCAUAAAAAAGUUGGCGAUACUGUGGAGCUUUCAUCAGGCUUACCAACUGAAGGUGUGACCGUGGCAACGUGGAGAUAUGGAGGAAUAAAUGUUGCAGACAAAGAUGUGGGUGUUUUUGAAAAAUCUCCAUUUAAGGACAGAUCAGAGCUGAACCUCACAGACUUUACUUUAACAGUGAGAAAACUGACUCUUCAAGAUUCUGGUGAUUUCAUGUUUAUCUCAGGCUUGAAUAACAAGCAAAGGCCUUCAGUCACCAUCACUCUGCAAGUUCAUGAGCCCAUAACUAAACAGCCUGUCAUAAAAAUCAAUUCUACCUGGGAGGCUUGUAAUGAAUCAUGUAAAGUUCUGCUGGAGUGCAGCGCAACUGGUGAUGUCAGCUACAAGUGGACUGUAGGAAAACAAACACUAACUGGUCCCAGGCAACAAUACAUCAUCAGGGAGCAGGAUGGAGAGACCAAUGUCACCUGCACAGUUUCCAAUUAUGUCAGUGAGAAGUCUGCAUUUCAAACAGUGAAGUGCAGCAAAGAUCAUUCACACAGAAAAGAAACAGAGGACAGCUCUUCUUCUUCUCUUCUCAUGUUCAUUGCUGGGCUGUUUACUGGAGUAUUGAUCACUGUACUGUUGCUCUUUCUGCUUUACUGCAUAAAGUCAAAGGGUCUAUGUUGCAAAAGGCUCACACAGUCUGAAACAAUCAACCAGGAAGAAAAUCAACAACAUGUGUACUCGGCUCUUUCCCACGGUGAUCGUUGUGUUUAUGAGACAGUUAGAGGCUCUGAAGAUGCUGGACCAGCUGGAUCACAAAUACAGUGCAUCAAAUCAGACUAGACGAGCUGCAACAUUUAAGAUGUCCAAGAACAUGUUCUGAAAUUUAUUUUUUCAGGAUUGUAAAUGCCUAUAUUAUGUUUAGCAAGUCAUUUAUGAAUAAGAAAUGUAUUAUCUGAUCUCUGUUUUUGUCUAAGUUGGAAAUGUUUAAUAAACCUGUCUGAUGAGA